UCCCCUCUAGGCUAUGAGGUACGCAGCAGUUUUCACCAGAGGAAAGAGAAAAAGCCACCCAGAAGUCGUCGUGUUUGCCGUUAGCCAGACGCCGAAGGAGCCCGUUUGUCCGUGUUGAGCCUGUGCUGCCAUGGCCGUGUGGGGCAGGAGCCCGCUGCUGCUCGCCAUUCCUCUGUGGAUGAGCUUUGGGACAGCUGCCGCUGGUCUUGAGGAUCCGAAGUACUGCUACAUCCUCGAUGGUAUCUUGUUCUUGUACGGCAUCAUCUUGACAGCGCUCUACUGCAGGAUCAAGGUCCUCAAUGCAAGGAGCACCAAAGCAGGGAAAGCCAAGGGCAAAAAGACUCCUGAAGAGAGCAUCUAUACGGAUCUGAAUCCUCGUGUCCAGGACACAUACGAAACUAUCGGCAACAAGAAGUGAAGGGAAGCGUUAAAGUCCAAGACUUGCUUUCUUUUUGUUGUAUUAAAAUAUUACACACCUUCAACAGUAUGUAACUUAUCAGAAAUUUAUCAGUAUAGGGGAGAGAGGGGUAAGAUGAGCCAGUGGGGAUGAUGACUUACCAGCUGUAUUUAUGCAGCUGUGUGAGGUGUUGUCAUGUGACCAUGAAUUCAGGAAGCAAAUCUGUUUUUUUUUCCUUUCAAAGUAAAUUUUCUACAUGUCAGGACUUUUACAUCAAAGCAAAUUCAUCCAGGUCUAAAAAAUAUUCUACAUGUUGGUGAUUUACUUAAAGUAAAACUCUGUUUGCUUGGAUAAGAAAUUGUUUUCUGGAGUGGUAGCUGUGGGGAAAAGUUAGGGCAAAGGCUGUGGCUAAGAGCCGAGACCAUACAGCCCAAACAAACUGUCACUGUCUGAUGAUUUCUGCCAUUAUCUCCUGUGAACGAGGCCACACUGACGGCAGUGUUUCCCUGAGAGAACUGCUGCUAUUUACACCACAGCUUCCUUGUUUCAGCUCUACCUAAGAGCACAGGCAAAAACCUGGCCCUGCAGUGGCUGAUGGGAAAUUUGACUGCUGAUGUGCUGCUGUUGUUUUGUGCUAGGGGCGGCAAUCAAGGCGUGUCAUAUGACCCACCGUGACGGUGUGGCAUCUGUGUGUUUUGGGCUUUGAAAUAUUGAACAUAUUUGAAAUAAUUUCCCAUAAGAAUAUCACUAUUUCAGUAUGCUUAACAAAUUAAUCAUUUUACAGCUCUAGUUUGACCCUUUAAAGCCUGAUAACUCAAAUUAGACAGAGGUCUAAUUAGAAAGAAGUCUCACAAAGGUGUGUGUCAAAUAUGCUACAAUAGACUUUAAUGUGUGAAACAAAAAACUCAGUCCAUUUCACCCCACAUUGGCUCAACUUCCCCCCUGACUUAGGCCACUUUACCCCUUACCUGGGGUAAACUGAGCACCUUUUUGGUGGUCACAUUUUCAGAAAGUGUUGCCACAGAUCCAUACCAAUAUUCCCAUUUGAUAGCAGAGAUCUAAAAAUAAAGUUUUCAUUCUCCUGCUGUCUCAUUUUUCCUGAUCUUGAAGGCAGCAUAAGCAAAUGUCGCCUCAUCUUACCCCACUCUCCCCUUUAACAGCAUGAUAAACAGUAUAACCAGCUUUAAUGUUCAGUGAAUGUGAUUUUUGUUUUUAUGCUUUUCUUGCUUUUGUAAAAUAUGUUGACAAGUUAAGAAAGACGAAAGAGAAACCUGACGGAUGGGACAGAAACGUCAAAGCACAUUUUUGAUUUUCUUUCAGACCUCUUAUAACUGCAAUACUCCAGAGAAAUGUUUCAUUUUAAUACUUAAAAUACAUAAACAGAUGUUAUAUUCUAUUUGUAUACAUUAAAACCUCUCUUCUUUUAA